UCCGUACAUUCAAACCACAUGGUACAUUGACACUCAAAAGCCUCACGUGAUCUUGCACAUGGUCUUUUGAUAAAGGGAACAAAAUGGGUCGUAUGCACACACCUGGUAAAGGAAUUUCAAAGUCAUCACUACCAUAUCGCAGGAGUGUUCCAACAUGGUUGAAGUUGUCGCCUGAGGAGGUCAAGGAACAGAUAUACAAAUUAGCAAAGAAAGGAAUGACUCCAUCUCAAAUUGGUGUGGUCUUGAGAGAUUCAUUUGGUAUCGCUCAAGUGAAAUGGAUCACUGGAAACAAGAUACUGAGAAUAUUGAAAGCUAAAGCUCUUGCUCCUUCUCUACCGGAGGACCUGUACCAUUUAAUAAAGAAAGCAGUCUCCAUUAGAAAACACAUGGAGAAGCACAGGAAAGAUAAGGACAGCAAGUUUAGGUUGAUUCUUGUUGAGAGUCGGAUUCACCGACUGGCACGCUAUUAUAAGACCAAGAGUGUCCUGCCUCCAAACUGGAAAUAUGAGAGCUCUACUGCUUCUGCACUGGUGGCAUAACUCAUUAAUUAUUGAUUUAUGUAAUUGAGUUGUUACUGAAAUUUUGAAAAGUUUAAUUAUCAGAAAAUUACAACAUAAAAAG